AUGCAGCCUAUCACAGGAGAUCCUUGUACUAUCCAAGCAAAGGAUAUGCUUCAACACGUUUGGCUACUUUGUGAGAAAGGGGAUAUGGAUAUGGGUCAUAAAUUGAUGAUAGAGAUUGGAUUGAUUGAUCUUUAUCCUGAUAUGAGGACUUAUUUUGCAAUGGUCAAGGGGUUCUGUAAUGCUGGUAGAUUGGAGGAGGCUUGUGAGUUGUUCCAGGCUAUGAAGGGGCAAGGGUUUUCUCCAAAUGUUGUGGCUUAUUUCAUGCUUCUUGAGGGUAUUUGUAAGCACAUGAGUACGAGAAAGGAAUUAGAAUUAUUAGGGGAGAUGGACAAAGCAGGUAGGAAUUGUAGUCCGAAUGUAAUCACAUAUACAUUUGUGAUUAAAAGCUUUUGUGAGAAGGGUCAAACAAUAAAGGCAUUGAGAAUUUUGAAUAGAAUGGAAGCUUGCCAGUGUGUUCCUAACUAUAUAAUCGUUAUUACUUUGAUCAUGGGUCUUUGCGUCGAGGGGCAUGUAAAAGAAGCAUGUAAGUUGAUCGAUAGAGUUACCGGACGUGGUGUUUCCAAUAGUGAUUGCUAUAGUUCUCUUGUAUUGGCUUUGAUUAGGAUUAAUAGACUCGAUGAGGUAGAGAAGCUCUUUAGGAAAAUGUUAGUAAGUGGGGCUAAACCCAGUGCCAUUGCUUGUAGUACCAUGAUUAGGGAGAUUUGUCGUGAGGGACAAGUGCUAGAUAGUUUUUGCUUAUACAAUGAAAUCAAGCGAAUGCUAUACUUUUCAUCCAUCGACACUGAGAUCUAUUCUAUUCUUUUGGUUGGCUUGUGUCAACAAAACCAUUCGGUUGAAGCUACAAAGCUUGCUAGGUUAAUGCUUAGAAAAAUGAUUCGCUUGGAAGCUCCGUAUGAUGAAAUCAUUGUGGAAGCCAAUGUCCUAACCACAUUAUAA